AUGGUGAAGAUAACUGUUGGUAGCUUCGAUGACUCUUUUAGCGUUGCAUCCCUCAAGGCUUAUCUAUCAGAGUUCAUUGCCACUCUGCUUUUCGUGUUCGCUGGCGUUGGAUCAGCCAUCGCUUACAAUGAGCUUACAGCAGAUGCAGCCUUGGAUCCACCGGGGCUGGUGGCAGUAGCUGUGGCCCAUGCGUUUGCACUAUUUGUAGGCGUGUCCGUAGCAGCCAACAUAUCAGGUGGACAUUUGAACCCAGCUGUCACUUUUGGAUUGGCUAUUGGAGGCAACAUCACUCUCAUAACUGGUUUCCUCUAUUGGAUUGCCCAAUUACUCGGUUCCAUCGUUGCAUCUCUCCUCCUCAAUUUUGUUACCGCUAAGGGCAUUCCAACUCAUGGACUGGCUUCUGGGGUGAACGCUUUUCAAGGUGUAGUGUUUGAGAUUAUUGUUACUUUUGCAUUGGUCUACACAGUGUAUGCCACUGCAGCUGACCCCAAAAAGGGCUCACUGGGCACCAUUGCACCCAUUGCUAUUGGGUUCAUUGUGGGUGCCAACAUCUUAGCUGCCGGUCCAUUCAGUGGCGGUUCGAUGAACCCGGCUCGCUCAUUCGGCCCAGCUGUAGUUAGUGGAGACUUUGCUUAUAACUGGAUCUACUGGGUUGGCCCAUUGAUUGGAGGAGGCUUGGCUGGUUUGAUUUAUGGUGACAUCUUCAUUGGUUCCUAUGCCCCUGCCCCACCCUCUGAAAACUACCCCUAA